GGAGACAUGCUAUGUGCUUGUCACAUGCGACAAUGUCAACUGAUGGAAGCACUUGAAGUUUCUGCAUGAGCCAACCACAUUCCAGAGCAACUACAAUUUAAUUAGUCAAUAAUCUGUAGAAGAUUGAUGUUCAUAUUUGAAAGGAGGUUCUCUGAGCUGUGGCAGGGACAGUGAUGUCGUCACUGGCAAACCACUCUCCACUCUGGGAGACAAGAGCCCCACUGUUCAUGUUCAUGAGGGCCUCCUAUGGGUGAAGCCUCCCUAUCUCACCUUGCCAUGGUCACCAAGGUACUUUGUUGUGUAGUUCUUUGUUUCCUGGGAGGAGGUAAGUCUCCAAAAAUAAGGAAUCUGAAUUUUUGUUCAUUAUUACUUAUAGCUGCAAUUUUGCUCCUUAAUCUGUACACCGAUUCUCUCUUUUCAGAACCUACAGAUGCUGGCGUCACUCAGACACCCAGGCACAAGGUGACACAGAAAGGACAAACAGUAACUCUGAGAUGUGAACCACAUUCAAACCAUGACAACAUUUUCUGGUACAGACAGACUAUGGUGCAGGGGCUGGAGCUGCUGGUUCACUUUAACAACAAGCUUCUUAUGGAUGAUUCAGGGAUGCCCAAGGACCGAUUCUCAGCUGCCAUGCCUGAGACCUCCUUCUCCACCAUGAAGAUCCAGCCCACAGAGCCCAGGGACACAGCUGUGUACCUCUGUGCCAGCAGCUUAGCCACAGCGCUGCAGAACCACCCUGUGCAGGUGCAGAAACCUGGUGCUUCCUUCCCCUUCUCUAAUUCCCAACUUCUAUCUCCCCCUGGCUGCUCCCCUAUCUUAGGAAGGACAAGGAUCUGGUAUUCUAUUGGACCUCUGCAAGGCAAGGACAAUGACAAUGACGCAGCACACCAGGAAGCUUGUGGUAAGAGGACAGGGGAGGGCUGGUACUGGCUCCUGAGGCUUCAUGGCUUUCUCUCAAGGGGCAGUCCAACCUGGAAGCCAGUGUCACACAUGGGGCUCUCGUGUGAUUGUGUGGCCUUAAAGCUGUGCAGCCAGGGCACAACCAUCGUUAUCGUCCCUUUUGCUUUUUAUUUUGUCUUCUGUAACAUUUCUUGUUUCUACUACCUAAAAACUCCCAGCUUCCUUGAUGGUUUCCAACAUCUAAAUAAUACUUUGAUUUCUAAGUUUUUUCACAUCUGUUGAUCAGUUCCUCUAACCCUCUCAGAUAUUCACUUCCAUUCUCAUGUUUUAGACUCAGAAUUCAAGGGAUUUGAAACCUGCAAAAUAGCUCUCAAACCUCCUGUUGCCUUCCUCCUUCUCAGUCUCCUCUUUCCAUCUGUAUGGCUCCAUCCGCCAUUCCUCACCUCAUUCAGAUCGCUGAUCAACAUCUCCUGCAAACGGCCAUGUGUAUCCUCACAUUCUAUACUUAAGAGACCAUGCUUUAAGAAUAUUGUGAAAUUCUUGCCAUAUCUUCAAAUCACAUUUCUUUUCUCUUCUAUGUGUUUUAUCUGGGGGAUGGUGGUGGAAGGAGUGCCUUCCCUAUGCCCCUUUGGAUAGCACAAAAAGUUAUUUGUCCUUGUCAAGCAGUAUUACAACUGUGGAGUCUAUCUGGAGUUCCAUAAGGCCUCCUAUGCAUAAACAGCUGUAUGCUUUUAUUAAAAGAACUUGCUAUUUGUCAAGGAGUUGCAUCCAUCUAUCAUAAUUAAACUUCUAUCAAUAAUAAGAGCAUUAAAAAUUAUGCACAGAGAAUAUAUGAUUUUUACUUUAUAUGCACAUGGAAGUUAAAAAAAAGCAAAAUAAGCAUAUUUAUUUAUUCACUUGAGGGGAGGGUCAAAGGGAAAUAACUUACAAAAUAAUGCAUGGCAUGUGACAUUAUUUAAGAAAAAAUAAAUCAAUAAGUGCCCCUAAUUAGGUUCAAAUAUACUAUUACAUGUAUAUGUAAGGAUGAAGAAAAUAGAAAAAUGUAUUGCUGAC